AUGGUGUCUGGAAAACAAGGGAUUCAGUCCAGAUUUGGUCCCUCAAACAGGAUCUUGGAGCUGGCGCAGCACAAAACCUCAAAAACAGUUUGGGCCACAACUCCUUGUGGGAAGCUGAGCUGGGGCAACCAGGAGCCAAUAUGGCCCGUCUCCGCCUCAGCGCUCGGAGCCGUUCCAAGUGCAAGAAUCCAAUACCUAGCCAGGCACAAAAGAGAUUUCUCAGCAAGGGAGGACCACCGGAGGAAAGAGGAGGAGGAGGAGGCGAGCUUCUCCAGGAAGACCCAACAUCCUUCCUCUAAGGCUUCCCAGUAUGAGCAGAUUGUCCGUUUGUCAACACCCAGAACCAGGAGCUCCCAGGAAGCAGGGUCCCACAUGCCUCCUCACACACCUCAGUGUGAGAAUAACUGUCCCAUUUGGCACGUUGAUCCCAGCGUGAAAGCUGCUGUGAUCACACCGCGACUGCUGCAGCUCUCCAACCCCAAACUGAACCAUCCAGAUUUCCAGAGCAACAGAGAGAGCGUUGAAUCCGUGGUCUCCUUUGCUUCCAAGACGGCUCGAAUCUCUCAGCGACUGGUCCAGCUGUCACUGCCCAGACUGAAGCAGAGCAGCAUCUGCCUGGAGCUCGGACACCCGGUGGAAUCAAUCUGGACUGUUUCAAAGGCGGCGAGGAGAGCCACAGCGAGUGUUCGUGUUGAAAUGCUCGCAACACCAAAACAGCUUUCCAAGGACUACAUCCCUCCACGAGAACCAGAGUGGAGCCGGAGAGACGUCCUGUUUUUCUGAACUUCCAUCAACAUCACAACCAAGCAUCACAGGAGCGCAGUGGCUCGGAGCAGUUGGGCUGAGUGCUCCUGGGGAAUAAAAGCUCUCCAGUUGGACUCACCUCUUUCCACUCACCUCCUCCGGCGUCGGCACACUUUGGCCUUUGUUUGGUUUUCAUUUGCUUUCACUUUACAAAAUCUUACACUUCACCCUGUUCACUCACAUCUACAUCACUGACUCACCUUUGUCACAACAAUAAUAAUAAAUUGACUCGUUCUUGGACAAGUGGACAUUCGAGGAACUGCAGUUUUUGGCACUUCCACAUUGGCUUUGUUUUUCACCCCUAGACACUGGUGCUUGGGUGGGAAUGAAAUGUGUAAAAAUUAUGUGCAGGCAAAAUGAAAACAACACCAGUGCAAAGCGAUGUGGAUUUUUUGUUAUGGUGGACGCACGAUUUAAGUAUAAAGAGCAAGAAAGUUUGUGUAGGGCGAGCAGGUCAAACAAACAUGGACUUUAAACCAGUAGUCCCAUGUGUUUGUGUCCCAUGUGAAACCAAAAGUCAACCACGCAAAGGAAAAUUUUUGUCACUUGUGCCCAUACGUAGUUUUUUCAACCGAAACCCUGACAAAAUAUUUUUUGUUCUCUAAACUGUUUCCAAACAUUAAUGUUAAGGGCGGCAAUAGCUCUGCUGUAGCUGUUGCAUUCAGUUAGGACACUUUGUUAAUGUAAAUAAAACAAAAACAAAGAAAGUAAUCUCUUCCAGUAAUCUAUUUUCAAACACAGUAACUGUAUUCAGAUUAUCUGUUGGCGAGCAGUGAUGCAC